AUGGCGGUGGAGUGGUCCGACGGCGGCGAGGAGUUCCUUCUUCCUGACGAGUUCUUGGACGACGACUUCUUCUCCGAGGAGGAGAAGGCGGCGGUGGCCGCGCGGAGCGAGAGUGAUGAGGAGGACAGCUUGGCUGGCCUCUCGCGCCGCCUCGCGGGCCUCCUCGGCGGUGACAAACUCGCCGUCACGCCUGCCAAGGAGGAGGUGACUGCAGGGUCGCCCAAGUCGACGCUGUGUGGGCUGCCGAAGUCGGGCCAGGAGAGCCCCAACAGCGGCGCGUCUCACGGGAACUCGCCGCCGUCGUCCCCGCUGGAGCAGCAGCCGGCCGACCCGUGGGACGUCCUCUACGAGGCAGCCGGGCAGGUCAACAGCAUCCCGUCGCCGGGCAACCCCUACGGCCUACACGGCGGCGGUGGCUUUCUGCCGCCUGCGCGGAAGGCCUCGCCUCCUCCUCCGCCGCCUCACGUGCCCUUGCCAGCCGGCACGGCCGCGGGCGGCGUGUACUACCACCCGUUCGCGCACCUCAUCACGCAGCGCCAGAUACAGGCUGCCAGGUUUCAUCUCCUCAAACAGCAGCAGCUCUUCAAGCAGCAGAGGGACCGGCAGCUGGCCGCGGCCGCCGCAUGGGGCGUGCGCCGUAACGCGGCAGCCAAGAGGGCGGGCGCCGCUCCUAUUGACCUGAGCCCGGCGUCGUUCCCGCCGCUGUUGAAGACGCAGCUGCAGCAUACGCCUGCACCCCACCCUACCCAUCCCGCCGCCGCUGGCAUGCGGGCCGUCUUCCUGACGCCGCCCGGGGCCAAGCGCGAGCGCAAUGGCACCGGCGUCUUCCUCCCGCGCCCGGCCGGCGCCCCCGCCGAGGCCAGGAAGAAGUCUGGCUGCUCGACGGUUCUUGUCCCCGCCCGUGUCGUGCAUGCUCUGAAUCUGAACCUCGACGACCUCGGCGCCCAGCCUCGCUACGCCGGCGGCAUCGUUCUUGAUCAUGAUGCCUUGAUCAGUCGGAGCAACGCCAUGCUCGCAAGCCAGAAGAUGCGAGCUGCGGAGGCCUCGGCGCCACCGGCGCUCUGCCACAGUUCGUGA